UUGUCACAAAUGUGCUUCCUGUUUACGUUUUGCAAGAACUUUCAGAACAAGACAGAACAGACAUCGGCCCUUAGAAGAGUCUCGGCGUUUGUUUAUACAGUACCUGCACUCGAUCCUGUCAGUUAGACAGGCCGUUUCAAUGCAUUUCAGAGAACCUUUAUCUCCGCGCAGAUGGACGCCGUUGAUCUGUUUUCAAGCUGCAGGAAGGGCGACAUUGCCAGAGUGAGAUACCUGGUUGAGCAGAGGGAUGUGGAACUAAACAUCAGAGAUAAAUGGGACAGUACACCUCUGUAUUAUGCAUGUCUGUGUGGACAUGAAGAACUGGUGCAGUACCUGCUCGCCAACGGGGCGAAAUGUGAGGCGAACACGUUCGAUGGUGAGCGUUGUCUUUACGGCGCGCUGAGCGACCCCAUCCGCCGCCUGCUGAAGGAGUACAAGCGCAUCACAGCCAAAGCCAUGCAGAGAGAUUACUACGACCAGUUCUUGCAGACACUUUUGGAGCUAGGUAAUUACAGCGACGUCACGUUUAUGGUGCACGGUGAGAUGUUUAAAGCCCACCGCUGUGUCCUGAGCGCACGGUCCGAAUACUUUGCUCACAUGCUGGAGACCAAAUGGAAAGGGAAGAGCGCCAUUGCUCUCAAACAUCCACUGGUGAAUCCUGCUGCAUUCGCUGCAAUCCUGCAGUAUUUCUACACUGGUCGAUUGGACAUUGAUGUGAAUUAUGUGGAGGACUGCAAGCGUCUGGCCAAACAGUGCAAGAUCGGUGAACUCAUUGAGGAGCUGGAGGUGAAAUGCAAACAGGUUUAUGAGUUCGUGUCCAGUAAGCCGGGCACAUGUGUGAAGGUGUUGACUCUAGACCCUCAUGAGUUUCAGCUGCAGGAUGGAAUGGCUCUUCUGGCUGACAGCGCUCUUCCAGAUGAACUCAGGGUCGGAUACGGUCAGCUUCCUUUCGAUCUGACUGACAGUUUUCCGAGCUAUCCUGACAUUUGCUUCCGGGUGGACGGCUAUGACUUUCUGUGUCAUAAGGCGUUUUUCUGCGGCCGUAGCGAUUAUUUCAAGGCACUGCUUGAGGAUCAUUUUAGUGAAGGUGAAACUCUGCUUGCGCUUCCUGGUAUUCCUGCGAUCACCCUGCAUGAUGUGUCACAUGAUCUGUUUACCAGAAUCCUUUACUACAUCUACAGCGACAACGCCCAGCUGUCGCAUGAGAACGUCUAUGAGGUUCUGUGUGUAGCUGAUAUGUACCUGUUGCCCGGUCUGAAGCGUCUGUGCGGCAGGACUCUAGCGGCGCUGCUCAAUGAGGAGAACGUGCUGCACAUGUGGAAGACGGCAAAACUCUUUCGGCUGUCACGUCUAGAAGAUCAGUGCACAGAAUAUAUGGCCAAGAUCAUCGAGCGGCUGGUGGACAAAUCCGAGUUUGCAGAUAUGAUCAGAGAGGAUGCUGGGAAUGUGGCCGCCAGACAGGAAACAGAUUCCAUCCCUUUGGUGGAUGAGAUCCGUUUCCACAUCGCCAGCAACGUUCAGACGUACAGCGCCAUCGAAGAGGCCAACCAGAAAUUCGACGCCCUUGAGAUCCUGCUGGCCAGCAUCGGCCUCGAGUGCUAAGAAAGAAUAAGAAAUCUAGAGGAAGUGACAUGGAGAGCGUGUGGAAAUGAGGUCGGGGGAACCUAGUGGUUUACAAAAUAAGAGCUUUACAUGCACAGUAAAGAUUCAUGUGUUGCGAGCUGGCAUCACGUUAGCAGUUACACACUAACAUGGUCGAUUUUAACAGCAGAUUCUUUCAAUAACAGAUAUUAAGAGUGCAUGUACUGGCACGGUACUGUUUUUUGCUGGUGUGAAUUAUGGGAACUUUUAAUAGCAUUUAGAAGUAUCUGUACUUUCCUGUGAAUAAACUCACUUGCAGAGAAAUGAAAUUGAAUUUCAAAGGUUGAUAUUAGCAUCCGUGUGAUGCCGUGAUUAUGUUUGGGCACGUGCCGUUCUUUGUUCCAGAUUUAUCAUGCAGAUUUAUCACGCGUGUCGAGCACAAAGAAUGAACGCAUCAUAGGUCAAGCUGUUAAAGCAUCAGGUAUGAGACACGGAUUAAUGGAAUUGUAAACAGGAUGAGAACGAUUUGUUUAACAGGAAUACAUUUUAAAUGGUCUCUAGGAAAGCUUAAGGACUUAUCGAGGAGAUUUUAUUUCCCAAAAGAAUUUCACUUGCAUUCUCUCUGAUGUUUUUGUGUGAUAGAGGACCGUUUACUGAAGCAGAUUAUUUUCUCAUUGAUAUACAUAUUUCUCCAGCAUUGCGUUUCCGGUUUCGGACUUCUGUACCCACUCUGAGCACGAUUCUCCCUAAACCUCAUUUUCCCUCAUCUUGCUUUCGUUGCUCGUGCUUCUUAUUCUUACAACGAUUUUAUUUGAUUUCAAUGUCUUUUAUUUCUUUGGUUUUAAAGAGGCACGUCGACAUGAUGUGGUUUAAAUGACAGCAGGAGGUUGAGCUCAUUUAAUUAGCAGCACUUUUUGUAAGCACAGAUUUAUGUUUCUGAACUGUGCUAAGAUAAAUUCCCACGAAUGACACUUAAUGUGUAUGAAUGUUUUAAGUUGUUAUUGUUUACUGCCAGAUGGCAUUUUUGCUUUCAUGUGAGUUCAUGUGGGAUGGGAUGUAAAUAGGUGAGCAGAAAAUAAAUAUUUACUAAUGUAA